CAUGACAUUAGCCCAUAGUUGUCAUAUGAGACAUCUGUGGUUUUCCUGUGAUCAAGCUCCACAUCUGCUGUUCUAUUGAAACAACAGUUAAUCUUUGUCCCAGUCACUGCCACCAUCUUCUGUGAAGUCAGACUAACAGUAUGUAUGUAGCUGUCUAAAGAAUGACAUUGUUCAUCCCUGAUAUGGCUGGUCAUCUGUUUUUGCUCAUCCUCCUUUUCGAUACCUUCCAGUUCCUCAAAGCCAAAGAUCUUUCUCAACCAAGUCUAACAGUGAUUCCUGCAGUCAUCAAAGAGAGAGACUCAGUUCUGCUGAACUGUCAGACUCCUCCAUCUGUCUCUGAGUGUUACUUCAAAAUGGCUGGGCAAGUGGAAUUCACCCUUACAUCACCCUGUCAACAGACACUCACAGGAACACUACUGGUGAGGUGGACAGGUCAGAGUUCACCAGCUGAGGUCAAAAUACAAUGUCAGUACAGUGCUACAGGUUCACAGUAUAGAUCCAUAUACAGUGAGCCGUCAACAGUCACAAUUACGGACAUUCCCCAGCUGAUAGUGAGUUCUACAGUCAUCAGAGAGACAGAAUCAGUUCAGCUGAGUUGUGAGACUCCUCCAUCUCUGCCUGUGUCUCACUGUUACUUCAACAUAGAGGGGAGGAAGAAUCUUCCAGACUCAUCCUGUAGUCAGACACUCACAGGAACAGAGCUGCUCAAGAGGGCAGAUCAAACGUUUCCAGAUGUGGUCAAAGUGACGUGUUACUAUGCUGUAAGGAGGUCUCACAUAUCUCCUUUAAGUGACCCUGUCUCAGUCACUGUUCAGGAUCCAAAACCAGACAUUACAGUCAAUUUAGAUGGGUACUUCAACAUCAUCUGUUUGAUUCAUGGAUCCGUCAGUCCUGACACCACCUGUAACCUGUAUGUUGGAGAGGAGAGUCAGCCGUCCUUCACAGUAAAGAUCAUGAAGAGAAAAGCCACCUCAGCACCCGGACAGCAGUUCUGUCAAUUCACUCCAAAACAUAGUGAUCUGAUCAGUCGUCUACAGUCAAUGAGGAGUAAGGAGGUGAGCUGUGACUACAGAGUGAGCUCAGGACCAAACUCUCUCUCUCCACGUAGUGAUGGACACAGCUUUGCACGUGAGUCAUUAUCUAAACAAAUCUAUCAGGGCUGCAGGUCUUCAUGAUCGGACUCACUUUGAUUUUAGCAUCUUCUUAGUAUUACUAUAUUCAUUCUGACCAACAAACUAAAUUCCACAUUUCAUUCCCAAAUGAUUUUACAUCUGGUGGGAGUUCACAUCAGUGAUCCAACAACUAUACAGACACCUUCUAUAGCAGGUAGACUACACAUUUGUGAUUUUAUAGUGACACUACUUUUA